CCACAGGCGAAGGAAGGGAAAUGACAUGUCAGCCUCAGAUGCUGUUACUGUGUCAGGGUAGCUCUAGGCCCACGGGAAUGCAAAUGGGCUCCCCUUUGACAGAUGGCUGAUGCAAGCAACCCAGACAGUCAGGAUGCAGGCACUGAUGUUCCUGAGCAUGAGGCCAGAGAAAGCCUGGCAGCUCAGACACCCGGCAACGGUCAUGGUAUUCGUCUCAGUGCCAUGAGUGGAAAUGCAGGUCGCAAUCUGAAGGAGUGGUUGAAGGAGCAGUUCUGUGACCAUCCCAUCGAGCACUGUGCGGACACCAGACUGCAUGAUGCUGCUUAUGUGGGUGAUUUGCAGACCAUUAGAAACUUGUUGGAGGAAGAAAGCUUCCAAAGCCGCAUCAAUGAGAAAUCAGUGUGGUGUUGUGGCUGGCUGCCUUGCACGCCACUGCGGAUUGCUGCCACAGCAGGACAUGGAAACUGCGUGGACUUCCUGAUUCAGAAAGGGGCAGAGAUCGACCUUGUGGACGUGAAAGGGCAAACUGCCCUGUAUGUAGCUGUCAUGAAUGGGCACCGGGAAUGUGCACAGAUUCUUCUGCAAGCGGGUGCUGACCCCAAUGGGAGCCGUCACCAUCGCAGCACUCCAGUGUAUCAUGCUGCCCGGGUGGGCAGGGCUGACAUCCUGAAACAGUUGAUCCGGUAUGGUGCUGACGUGGAUGUUAAUCACCACUGGACAUCAGGAAUCCCUAGCCCAUCUUCCCGGCCACUCACAUCACUGGUGGUCUGCCCUUUGUACAUUAGUGCAGCCUAUCACAACCUGCCGUGCUUCAGGCUGCUUCUGCAAGCAGGAGCCAACCCAGAUUUUAACUCCUGUGGGCCUGUAAACAUACAAGGCUUCUCCAGGGGCUCUGCUGUGUGUGUCAUGGAUGCAGUCUUGAGACAUGGUUGCGAUGUGGCCUUUGUCAACCUCUUGAUUGACUUUGGUGCUAACCUGAACCUGGUGAAAUGGGAGACUCUGGGAGAAGAAGCUACAGGGAGGAUCAAAGUGAACCCAGAAGCCAUGCAGGUGUUCAAAGAAGCCAGGAGCUGCCCUAGAAGUUUGAUGUCUUUGUGCCGCGUGGCAGUACUGAGGGCGCUUGGUAAAUGCCGCCUGCAGCUGAUACACACUCUUCCAGUCCCAGACCCUAUCAUGAAAUUUUUACUUUAUGAACAACAGGAUCCCCAGGGCACCACAGAGGGAGUGAUCUACCUUAUAUUUAUUUAUUUAUUUAUUGUAUUUAUAUACCGCCCCAUAGCCCGAAGCUCUCUGGGCGGUUUACAACAACUAUAGGGUUGUUCUAAGGAUUAAAACAAGGUUCAAAAAUGUCAACAAGUAAUGCUGUUAAGUAUUGUUUGGCCCCCACAUGUAUGUGUAAAGUGAAGCUUUGUACAGUUUCUCAUUUGCAAAAUAUAUUUGGGAAGCAUAUGAUUUUCAGCUCCUAGUUCAGAAAUAGUCUGUUUUUAGUAAUUUUUUAAAAAUUGGCCAUUGUUUGAAAUUUUGAAUGGUGAGACAUGUUGAGUAUUCCUUCUAAAAUCUUGUAUGAAAUCCACACAACUUACCAUGGUUGUUAUGCGCACAAUUGAAACCCUUACCUACAGAGAUGAUUAAGAAGCCAGCUGUCCAUCAGUGGACUCCUUUUGAGCGAGAGAUAAUGGUGUUUUCUGGGCUGAUGAGGGAAGUUGCUUUCAAAUUUAUCUAAAUGGUUGUUGGUAUCAGUUAUGAGGCAAGUUGAAUCCCUUAAAAUGUUAUGGGGAAAGGAAUUAGAUAUAACAAUUGAGAAGAAUUGCUGGGAGAGGCAUUGCGGGGUAAACAAUCAUACAAAACAACCUCUGUGGGAAUAAAAGAAAUGUCAUAAAAACUAAUUCAUAAGUGGUAUCUUACACCUAGAAAAUUAUCUUUAAUGGAUAUGAGGAAGUCACCAGUAUGACCCGGACAGAUAGGCGACUAACAAAUAAAAGUUUAUUAUUAUUAUUAUUAUUGGAGGAGGUGCCAUUUGCUUCUUAC